AUGCCCGGAGCCGGCAGCGCCAACGAGGAGGGUUCCUGUAAGGCCUUGUGUCGAAACUUGGUGUCCCAGAAUGGCUUGCAGAGAGAGGCGGCUGAUAUCUCGCAGUCUGUCCUCUAUACAUCCCUGAUGGGGCUUCUGCUGGUCGCUGACAAUGAGAAGGAGCUCAUUGCAUUAGGAAGUGGAAGGGCUGGUCUUAAAAAUAUUGGAAACACCUGUUUCUUAAAUGCAAUAGUCCAGUGUUUGUCUCACACUCGUGGCCUGCGAGACUACUGUCUCCUGAAGUCCUACAGACAUGACAAAUUUUCCAAGGAAGAGCCAAGACUUACAGAAGCUUUCUCUCAGGUGUUGUCUGGACUUUGGGAUAAAAAAGAAGAGGACACGGUUGUAAAUCCACGACAAUUUUACAAUAUUUUUAAAGAUGCUGUGCCUUACUUCAGCGGUUACAGUCAACAGGAUGCCCAGGAGUUUCUCAGGUUCCUUUUGGAAAAACUACACACUGAAAUCAACCGCAAGCCCUACAUUAGACGGCCAUUGAAGGACCCAGAGCAAAAAUAUGCCAGAUUUAGGAUUUCUGAGGAGGCAGCUGUCACAUGGAAAAAGUACUUGGAUCAUGAUGACAGCAAGAUAGUCGAUCUGUUCUCGGGCCAGUUGCGCAGCUCGCUACACUGCUCCAUUUGCUCCCACUACUCCAACACAUUUGAUGUGUUCUGCGACCUGUCACUGCCCAUUCCCAAACGAUGCACUGCUGGAGAGGUGACGUUGAAGGAGUGCUUGGACCUCUUUUCUCAGGAGGAGAGAUUGGACAAGGAGAAUUCACCAAUGUGUGAGAGGUGUAACAGGCAUACAGAAAGUACCAAGAAGUUGUCCAUCCAGAGGUUUCCCCAUGUUAUUGUAAUACAUCUGAACCGCUUCACUACGUCACGGUGGUCGAUCAGUAAAAGUACCGCCUAUGUGUCUUUUCCACUCACCAGUCUUGACCUCGGGCCUUACGGACCUGUUGAUUGUGGACCAAUAUUGUAUGAUUUAUAUGCAAUAUGUAACCACGUUGGAACUGUCAACAUGGGUCACUACACAGCCUGUUGUUCUGAUGACAAUGGAUGGUGUUACUUCAAUGACUCCAGUGCGACACCAGUUUCUGAGACACAACUUCAGACCAAUCAAGCCUACAUAUUAUUCUACCAGCGCACCAUUACUACAAGGAAAUAG